CGCGCGCAGGCGCACUGCGAGCCUGGGCGUCCAACAUGGCUGAGGUGCUGCUCCUUCUUCUUGUGCAGCAGCUGCAGGCGCCGCGGGGAGGAUGCUGAGUUUCCCGGGCGCGGCGGCGGUGUCAGCGGCGGCGGCGGGGCUCGCGGGGCCCGAGGCAGGCUCUCCUCAGCCAUGGCCAGGCUGGCAGAUUAUUUCAUUGUGGUGGGCUACGACCACGAGAAGACAGGAUCAGGAGAUGGUCUGGGGAAAAUAAUCCAGAGAUUUCCCUUAAAGGAUUUGGAUGACACUCCUUUUCCACAGGGAAUAGAGUUGUUUUGUCAGCCUGGAGGAUGGCAUCUGUCCAGAGAGAGGAAGCAGCCUACGUUCUUUGUGGUGGUGCUCACAGAUAUAAACUCUGAACGGCAUUAUUGCUCUUGCCUGACUUUCUAUGAAGCAGAGAUCAAUCUUCAGGGAUCAAGAGAAACAGAAGGAGAGGAGGAGACAGGUUUGAUCCAGCCCGCAGAAGUAUUUGCUCCCAAAAGCCUGGUGUUGGUGUCCAGAUUAGAUUAUCCAGAAAUUUUCAGGGCUUGCCUUGGCUUGGUCUACACUGUGUAUGUGGACAACCUGCAUGUUUCACUGGAGAGUAUCAUUGCAAAUCUCUGUUCGUGCUUUGUCCCUGCUGCUGGAGGGUCACAGAAGCUGUUUUCCUUGGGAGCAGGAGACAGGCAACUGAUACAAACUCCUUUACAUGAUAGUCUUCCUGUCACAGGGACCAGUGUGGCUCUUCUGUUUCAACAAUUAGGAAUUCAAAAUGUGCUGAGUCUGUUCUGCGCAGUUCUUACAGAAAAUAAGGUCCUCUUUCAUUCUGCAAGUUUCCAAAGACUGAGCGAUGCCAGUAGAGCACUUGAAUCUUUAAUGUUUCCUCUCAAAUAUAGUUACCCAUACAUUCCAAUUCUCCCUGCACAGCUGCUUGAAGUUCUCAGCUCACCCACACCCUUUAUUAUUGGUGUGCAUUCUGUCUUCCGUAAUGAGAUUCAUGAACUUUUAGAUGUAAUUAUAGCAGAUCUGGAUGGUGGUACAAUUAAAAUUCCCGAAUGUAUUCAUCUCUCCCAGCUCCCCGAACCACUACUCCACCAGACUCAAACUGCCCUCUCUCUAGUUUUACAUCCAGAUUUGGAAACAGCAGAUUAUGCAUUUCCUCCUCCUCGAACAGCUCUGUCACAUUCCAAAAUGUUGGAUAAAGAAGUGCGAGGUGUCUUUCUUAGGUUAUUUGCACAGCUUUUCCAAGGAUAUAGAUCUUGUCUUCAGCUAAUCAGGAUUCAUUCAGAACCUGUCAUAAACUUUCACAAGGCAGCCUUCCUGAGCCAGAGAGGCUUGAUUGAGAAUGAUUUUCUUACCAAAAUUCUGAAUGGAAUGGCAUUUGCUGGUUUUGUGUCAGAGAGAGGUCCUCCUUACAGAUCCUGUGAUCUCUUUGAUGAGUUGGUAGCAUUUGAAGUAGAGAGAAUUAAAUCUGAGGAAAGCAAUUCAUCAAAAAUGUUAAAGCAUGUCAGAGAACUUGCAGACCAGCUGUUCAAAAAUGAGAAUCCAAAUCCUCACAUGGCAUUCCAGAAAGUUCCACGACCUACGGAAGGAUCUCACCUGCGAGUUCAUGUACUUCCUUUCCCCAAGAUUAAUGAGAAUCAUGUUCAGGAUCUAAUCCAGGAAAGUUUGGUUAAGAACCAAAGUGCACCACCUGCUUCUCGUGUGGAAAGGAAAUGUGUUGUUCCUGCUGGCCCACCUGUUGUUUCCAUAGUAGAAAAGUCAAGUACGGUUUUCAACAGUGCACAAAGGCUGGAAGUUGUUAGAAACUGCAUCUCUUUUAUAUUUGAAAAUAAAAUUUUGGAGACUGAAAAGACUCUGCCUGCUGCACUGAGAGCCCUAAAAGGAAAAGCAGCACGGCAAUGUUUGACACAGGAACUAAGCCUACAUGUUCAGCAAAAUCGAGCUAUACUGGAUCAUCAGCAGUUUGAUUACAUUGUACGGAUGAUGAACUGUACUUUGCAGGAUUGUUCAACGUCAGAAGAGUACAACAUUGCUGCAGCACUGCUGCCACUAACAACUGCUUUUUAUAGGAAACUAGCUCCUGGAGUCAGUCAGUUUGUUUACACCUGUGUUCAAGAUCAUCCAAUAUGGGCUAACCAGCAGUUCUGGGAAACAAACUUUUACAGUGAUGUGGAAAAUCAAAUUCGUUCACUCUAUCUUUCAGCUAAGGAAGACAAUAAUCCACAACACUUAAAGCAGAAAGAGAAGAAUUCUGAUGCCCAGGCCCAAGAAAAGACUGCCAUGGACUUAGCUGCUGAGCAGAUGCGUCUGUGGCCAACACUUAGUAAAGAGACUCAACAGCAACUAGUACAAAGUGAAGAAAGUAUGGUUUUCAGCCAGGCAAUUCAUUUUGCUAACCUCAUGGUAUACCUGCUGGUGCCACUGGACACCAGUAAAAACAAACUCCUAAGAACUUCAGCAACGGGCGACUGGGAGAGUGGAAGCAAUAGCAUUGUCACAAAUAGCAUUGCAGGCAGCGUUGCUGAGAGUUAUGAUACUGAAAGUGGGUUUGAGGAUUCUGAGAACAAUGACAUUGCCAAUGCUGUCAUACGCUUCAUUACUAGGUUCAUAGACAAGGUUUGUACAGAAAGUGGAGUUACACAGGAUCACAUCAGGAGUCUUCAUUGUAUGAUACCAGGAAUUGUAGCAAUGCACAUUGAGACUCUGGAGGCUGUUCAUCGAGAAAGUAGAAGGUUGCCACCAAUUGAGAAGCCCAAGAUUCUACGACCAGCUUUGCUACCAGGGGAAGAGUUUGUGUGUGAAGGUCUCCGUGUGCUUCUGGAUCCUGAUGGCCGAGAGGAGGCAACUGGAGGAUUGCUUGGAGGCCCUCACAUUCUCCCUGCAGAAGGAGCUUUGUUCCUUACUACGUACAGAGUUAUAUUUAAAGGCACACCUCAUGAUCAACUAGUGGGAGAACAAACUGUUAUUCGGAGCGUUCCCAUUGCCUCAAUAACUAAGGAGAAGAAAAUUACCAUCCAGAACCAGCUUCAACAAAGCAUGCAGGAAGGGCUACAAAUUACCUCUGCUGUGUUUCAGCUGAUUAAGGUAGCUUUUGAUGAAGAAGUGGGCCCUGAAGUUGUAGAGAUAUUUAAGAAACAGCUAAUGAAGUUUCGCUACCCCCAGUCCAUCUUUAGCACUUUUGCUUUUGCAGCUGGUCAAACUGCACCUCAGAUAAUCUUACCAAAGCAAAAAGAAAAGAACACUUCCUUUCGCACUCUUUCGAAAACAAUUGUAAAAGGAGCAAAACGUGCAGGGAAGAUGACAAUUGGCCGACAGUACCUACUAAAGAAGAAAACGGGGACAAUUGUGGAAGAAAGAGUGAAUCGUCCUGGGUGGAAUGAGGAGGAUGAUCUAUCAGUUUCAGAUGACAGUGAAAUGCACACUAGUGCUACUUUGAAAGCAUCAGAGAAAUCAACUAUGGAACAGCUAGUGGAAAGAGCUUGUUUUAGAGAUUAUCAACGCUUGGGAUUGGGAACUAUCAGUAAUAGCUCUUCUCGCUCAAAAACAGAGUACUUUCGAAUAACGGCCUUGAACAGGAUGUAUUCUCUUUGCAGAAGCUAUCCAGGGCUACUAGUGGUACCUCAGUGUGUGCAGGACAGCAGCCUGCAGAGAGUAGCUCGCUGUUACAGACACAAUCGCUUGCCAGUGGUCUGUUGGAAAAACUCAAAAACCAGCACACUUCUGCUUCGAGCCGGUGGCUUUCAUGGCAAAGGAGUUGUUGGCCUUUUCAAAUCUCAAAAUACACAAACAUCAGCUCCUACAUCACUAGAAUCAUCAAACAGCAUAGAACAAGAAAAAUACCUUCAAGCCUUACUGAAUGCAAUUUCUGUCCAUUGUAAAAUGAAUGGCAAUACUCUCACUGUCAGGCCAACAAUUGCUUUGUCUCCAGGCACUGAAAGGAGGGCUUCAAGAAUGUCCACUGUGUUUAAGCAGGUAGUGCCAGGACAGUUGGAUGUAAAUCUAUCCAAUAGCUUUGCCCGAGGAGUGCUUGGGUACAGAGAUAAAUGUUUCACACAUUCAAAUUCCAAAUCAGGAAGAGUCUAUCAAGGUGUGUGGGCAAGUCUUCGUUCUAGCAGUCGGUUUAUCAGCACUCAAAUGCCAUUCCUCGAUGUGGGUGCAAGAUUAGCAGGGAAAGAUGGUUCACCUUCAUAUACCAGCAGUAGUGCAUAUUUUCAAAACCGGCUUCUGAAACGCCAGGCUUCCCUCUACAUAUUUGGAGAAAAAUCUCAGCUAAGGAGCUUCAAACUUGAUUUUGCUUUAAAUUGUGAAUUUGUUCCUGUCGAGUUCAGUGACAUCCGGCAAGUGAAAGCUAGUUUUAAAAAGCUCAUGAGUGCUUGUGUCCCUAGCAAUAUUCCUGCAGAUUCUGAAAUAACAUUCCUUAAAGCACUUGGAGAAUCAGAGUGGUUCCCACAGCUUCACAGAAUAAUGCAGUUGGGUGUGGUUAUAUCGGAGUUGCUUGAGAAUGGUUCUUCAGUUUUGGUUUGCCUGGAAGAUGGCUGGGAUAUCACAGCACAGGUGGUGUCUCUCGUGCAAUUACUCAGUGAUCCAUUCUAUCGAACACUUGAAGGUUUCAGAAUGCUAGUGGAAAAAGAAUGGCUGUCAUUUGGUCACAAGUUCAGCCAGCGCAGUAAUUUGACUCUCAAUUGCCAGGGGAGUGGAUUUGCUCCUGUCUUUUUGCAGUUCUUGGAUUGUGUUCACCAGAUUCACAACCAGUAUCCAACAGAGUUUGAAUUCAAUCAGUAUUACCUGAAGUUUGUAGCCUUUCACUAUGUUUCCAAUCGAUUUAAAACAUUCUUGCUGGACUCAGACUAUGAAAGACUGGAACAUGGGACACUGUUUGAAGAUAAAGGAGAGAAACAUGGCAAGAAAGGAGUUUGCAUGUGGGAAUGCAUAGACAAAAUUCACAAAAGAAGUCCUGUUUUCUUCAAUUACCUCUAUGCACCAGUUGAAACAGAGGCAUUAAAACCAAAUGUAAACAUAUCCAGUCUUAAAAAGUGGGAUUACUACACAGAGGAGACUUUGGCUACUGGUCCUUCUUAUGACUGGGCCAUGGUAACUGCAAAAUGUAGUACCUUGGAUGAACCUGACCAAAUGGACAUGUCACCUUCCCACAGUAAGAGGAAAAUUGUCUGGCCAUGCUAUGACAACAUUAGCAAAGUCCAGCCAGAUGCCAUCACCAGCCUAUUAAAUGAAAUCGAAAGAUUGGAGAACAAGUUAAAUCAAAGCCCAGAAAGGUGGCAGCCAUUGUGGGAAAAAGUCAAAGUAAAUGUGAAAGAAGAUACAAGGCAGGACAAUCAUCGGAGACAUCCUUCUGGCUCGUCAGCAAUCAUGUCUGCCAAUCUGCAUUCUUAUCAAAAGAGGUCUUUGUUACAUCUACCAGACAGUGGAUUGGGUGAAGAACAGAACACCAACAUCUCACCCUCCAAUGGUGUGGAAAGGAGAGUAACUACGCUGUACAAUCAGUUCACAUCAAAGAAUGAUGAAAAUAGAUCAUUUGAAGGUACACUUUACAAAAGAGGAGCUUUGUUGAAAGGCUGGAAACCUCGUUGGUUUGUGCUAGAUGUUACCAAACACCAACUAAGAUAUUAUGAUUCUGUUGAGGAUGCAUGCUGCAAGGGCCAUAUCGAUCUUGCAGAAGUAGAAAGUGUGAUACCUGCUUCACCUACUAUGGGUGCUCCAAAGCAUGCUAAUGAGAGAGCAUUCUUUGAUCUGAAGACAAGUAAACGUGUAUAUAAUUUCUGUGCCCAAGAUGCACAAAGUGCCCAGCAGUGGAUGGACCGAAUACAGAGCUGUAUUUCAGAUGCAUAAUUAGGAAUUUUGCUUUGCUGCCAACAGCAAAAAGGAAAUGAUUCCAUAUGCAAAAUAAAAUCACUUUGGAUUAUGAGAAGAUUUGUUAUUGCAGAUCAAGCAGCCUUAUAUUUCAGCCAUAAAUACUCAAAACAUCGCCUUUCCUUAACCAUAUAGCCUGUAUUAUGACUCUCCAUAUGGAAAACACUCAAAAUCAAUUAACUUCUCUGCCUGCAAAAUGGUUUUCUUCAAUAGAAUUGCAGGCCUGAUGACCAGGCUGCUUUGUACUGGGAUAUGCUGUUAUCUCAGACUUGCUAUUUGUGAACAGUUUCUUCCAAAUAACCCUCUAUUUUCCAGUGUUUCAGCAAGGGAGUCAAUUAUCAGGCUAGUAAAUCUUAUACAGCAUUAUUAAAAUAUUCAAGACCCAUUAAGAAUUGUAUCCCACAGGUGCAUAAACAAAAUACAGUUUGCACAACUAUUUUUUUCUUCUGAAAAGCCUUUCCGGGACGGCUGAGGGACCCUCCUGAAAAAUGUUGGUUGUGGUUGUACAGGGCUAUAUAGUGGGAAGGGGGAAGUGUCUAUAAUCAGGCUCAUGCAAGGUUCCUCAACCAAAUUUCAGGUAAUUUCCCCCUCCCCACUACCACCCAACACAACACAGCCCACAUUUGUCAGGAGACUUCUCCAACCCUCUGAGCUGCUGCACUUCCCAAAAGAUUACCCAGAGGGGAUGGAAAGAAUGGAUUGUGCAGGCUAUCCUCUAGCCCUGUAACCAUGGUUUGGAAACCAAUAAAUAUGCAUGACAGAGUCUUAAGGCAUUUAUUCUAGACACCAAAAAAGUUUAAGAAAGGUUUCUUUCCUGAUAUUUUUGUCUCCAGAUAUAUCUAGAUAGUUGAAGGAUACAUCAUUUUUUAUUUACAUUCUCUUUACCUGUGGCAGUAGAUAAAUGAAGACAACAAUAAAACUGACAAAGGUCGAAACCUUCUACAAAUCACUUGGGAGAAAAGCCUAAGAAAUAUAAAAAGUUGUAUAUUAAUUUAUGUGCUGUUCUGCUCGUUGUAAAAUGAAAUAACACAAUGAUAAAUGCACUAAACAAAACAAACACUUGCACUGAAAUCCUUGAAAGCAGACAUUUGAAGGAUAGAGGUAAAUUAUUUAUAGCAGAAUGCUAGCUAGAUAACAGUGAUUACAGAUAAAGAAUAUGUACAUAAUUGGGCAUAAUAUGGUGUGAUUUGAUACUUUAAAAACAUUUUUGCACAUGAAUUGGAAGAAUGUUUUUAGAUUUUUUACAUUUGCUAACAUUGUGUUUGUUCAUCUUAAAAAUCUUUGAGGAAUGUUGUUGGUUUUUUUACAGUCCAAAAUUAAUAACAAGUUUGACUUGGUGCAAUCUGUGAUGACUUUGAGUGUAGAGUCUCUAGAUAGCUAACAUGUCAUGUUUUUGUUUUAAGUACUAAUAUGUUUAAAUAUCAAGCUAAUAUGUCAGAGUUUGUACAUACUGGUCAGUAUUUUCUAGUGUUUAGUAAUGUUGCUUGUAACUUAAUGGCUACAUUCACAUGUCAUGCUAAACUAUGGUCAAGUGUAACAAUGACAAACCAGCGAGUGUUGGGCUUGCAUGCUAUUCCCUCCUCUUCUGGUGCAGCAAAGAGGAACAGCUCAAAAGCUUCCCACUCAAACUGUUUAGUCUUAACCAGUCAUCCCCAAACUCAGCCCUCCAGAUGUUUUGGAACUACAAUUCCCAUCAUCCCUGACCACGGGUCCUGUUAGCUAGGGAUGAUGAGAGUUGUAGUCCCAAAACAUCUGGAGGGCUGAGUUUGGGGAUGACUGGUCUUAACUGUAAUUAGUAAAAACAAGGCAAUUUGAACCCAUAUUUUACAAAGCUGGGGUAUUUUCACUAACGAUAGUUAAUAGCAGGUACAGUUUAGGAAUUGGACAGAAUAUUCAAAUAUGGUUGAUAUAAAAGGGAAGAGGGAGCUUUCAUUCUGCUCAUCACAAGUGUGCUAGAGGUGAGGAAGGGAGCAUAUUAGCCCAAGGCUCAUUGUGGCUUUUCAUUCUAACAUCAAACCAUGGUUUACAAUCUCAUGUGAACUGGGUCACUACCAACUAACCAAACUGACUUCAUUUAUAGAAUUUCAGUUACUGAAAUUGUUUAACUUUUUUUAAAAAAAAAACCACUACUUUUUCUAUAUUUUUUAAAGUAAAUAGUGAAUACAGAUUUCACAUUGUACUCAGACUAGGAAAUACAUCUGUUUUAAAUACAUUGGAAUCCCAAAAACAAACAGGAAUGAAGGAUUUUUCUAGCAUUUUCAGCCAAUAAACCACCACCUAUGAAAAAUGGUGUUUGCACAUUCAUGUAUUUUGCUUUGUAUAUGAAGUACUUUUAUAUGUACUUUGUAUAAUUAUUCUGUUCUAUAGUUGUUUAAAAUGUACACUACUUCUAUGGUUGUAACUAGCCAAUUUUAAUUAUUUUAUGUAUGUUACAUAACUAGUAUAUGCUAACCAACUUGUAAUAAAGAUACUUCUUAAGAAAGCAUCCCUUCUUUCCUCUACCGAGUGGUAUACAAUAAAUACCUUGCCUCAUAUAACUGUACAGUUAAAUUAUAUUCCAAAUAACCCUGUAAUAAAAUUCAUAUUUUUAUA